AUGUCGUCCUACUUCCGCGACCCACUGCCAGGCGUACCCUCCGCGCACCGUGCGCCGAACCCUCCCUCCCUCGAGCCGCUUCGCUAUCUUCCCCCGUCCCAAGGCCACCGCCAACACCUCGCCUCCCCUUCCCAACCUUACUUCCAGCACUACCCUUCCGACGACGCGCACUACACGCACUACCAGCCUCCACGAGCGCAGAGAACCGACUUCUCUUCCUCGCCCCCACAUCGCCCUUCUGAGGAAAGAGAUCCGCAGGGCAUCACUUGCUCGUCCUGCAAGUCGUGGGUCUCUCUCGACGAGCUGGGAGGACAUGUCUGCCAGACGCGACGGGCGCAGGGGGACUUGCGGAUCGAGGUGAACGAGGCCCGCGGGAAAGACGGUUCGGCAUCUUCGUCUGCCGCCUACGGACGGCCUUUACCAGGCUACCUGGACCGGUCCCCGCCCGACACGCCCGGCACACCCAGCUCGCAACCCAUCUCUUCGCCCGCUUCGACUGCCGCCUCUUCCAUCCCCUCCCCAAGCGGCACUCGUCUUCCCUUCUUCGAGAAGUACCAGAAACUCGUCGACUCUUCGUCGCCCGGCAUGGCGGGCGUCGGCGCUUACUCUCGCUCUCCGAAUCUCUCGCCUCGUCUGGGCGCUCCGUCCCUCCCACACGCUCCUCUGCGAUCUCCUACCUCUCCGCUUCCGACUUCGACCUCAGCACCGAACCUCAGCGUACCAACCCUCGACCGGCAGAACAGCUUUCCGGCGCCCUCCUUGCGGCAGCGACCUCCCGAACCUUCGCGGUCUCUCGAGCCCUCAUAUCUCUCAGCGAGUCCUCCGCAAUCUCGCAAUGUCUUCCCCACGCCGCGUCUGGGGGAUCGCUCGCCCAGCCUCAAGCCGUCACGCUCGACUCCGGCAGACCUUUCCACCUACACCUCGCAACCACCGACUCGCCCGUCGCCGCGUCUCAACGAUCCCGUCGCCGACCUUGAUGCAUGUCUCGAGGACCUGCGGAUCAUGGCGAAGGGCGAGGACGACGACGGCGGAGCGCAGGAAAUGCUCGACGACUUCAUCAACGGUCGCAAGACGGACAGCAUCGGCUACUCGGAUGAGCGCGGUGCACAAACUGCUUCUGUGCCUAUCGAAAGGACGGCGAAGGAGCAAUGCACGCUUUGUACGCGCCAUCUUUCGCAUUCCGACGUCGAUGUCCGCCGCACCAGCAACAGGCAACCUCUCUGCCGCGCCUGCUACGUCGAGCGCUUCCUACCAAAGUGCCGCAAAUGCGAGAACCCGAUCGAGGGCGGCGCGGUGACCAGCUCGGACGGCAAGAUUGUCGGCAAGUACCACCGCGACUGCUUUAAUUGCUUCGACUGCGCGGCCCCAUUCCCCGACGGCGAAUUCUACGUCUACGACGGCAAGCCUUACUGCCAGCUCCACUAUCACGCCCUGAACGGAUCCUUGUGCGCCAAUGCCGGCUGCGGCAAGCCUAUCGAGGGCUCCUGCGUCAGCCUCGUCGGCGAAGAGAACGGAGGCGGCGGUCGUUACCACCCCCACUGCUUCAACUGCUCGACCUGUCACAGCCCGUUACUGGAACACCACUUUGUCGUCGAUCGACGUCCUUUCUGCGAGGCGCACGCGGUUCGAAGGCGUCCGCAGAAGGCUGGAACGGCGAGCGAGCGGGAGGAGCGGGCGAAGAAGCGGCAGACCAUAAUCACACGGCGGUAG